CACUAUCUAUCAUUCCAAAAUUCUUCGAUUUUUGAUUUUCUCCUGAAAUCUCGAUUUCAAAAACCCUAAGAGAUUUCUAAAACUCCGUUUCAAAUCCUUUCCGUGUUCGGAUGCAGAUCGCCGGAGGUGAGUAAUCUCGGUUAUUUUCCGAAUUACUAUGCCGCGGAAAGCUCAGCUGCAGCUUCCGGCGUCUCGUCGCGGCGGCGUGUGGUUUCGAUGGAAGCUAAUCACUGCUCUCUCCGCCGCGUUAUGCAUCCUCGUUCUCAUCAGUUUACACCGUCAUUCUCGUUCCAGUGUCACACUGCCGUCGCUCUCCGCCGCGAGAUCUCGAAUUCCGCUCGGAAAAUACUCCGGCGACCGACCGAAGAUCUCUUUCCUUUUCCUGGCUCGCCGUGAUCUGCCACUCGAUUUUCUUUGGGAUAGAUUCUUCAAGGGUUCAGAUCAGAGGAAUUUCUCAAUCUAUGUACAUUCAAUACCUGGUUUCGUAUUCGAUGAAGGCACCACGCGAUCACAUUUCUUCCACAAUAGGCAAUUGAAGAAUAGCAUCGAGGUAGUUUGGGGAGAAUCAAGCAUGAUUGCAGCAGAGAGAUUGUUGCUUGCAUCUGCCUUGGAGGAUCCUUCAAAUCAAAGAUUUGUUCUUUUGUCUGAUAGCUGUGUUCCUUUGUACGACUUUGGUUACAUAUACAGAUACCUAAUGUCUUCACCGAAAAGCUUUGUAGACAGUUUCCUAGAUUCUAAAGAUCAGCGCUACACCAUGAAAAUGUUUCCUGUCAUACCGAAGGAGAAAUGGCGAAAAGGAUCUCAGUGGAUAUCAUUGAUCAGAAGCCAUGCAGAGGUCAUUGUUAAUGACGAUACUGUGUUUCCAGUUUUUCAGAAAUUUUGCAAGCGAUCUCUACCUCUGGAUCCCAGAAAGAAAUGGCUUUAUCUUAAACACAGACGUCACAAUUGCAUCCCUGAUGAACACUACGUGCAAACUCUGCUUACAAUGCGCGGCUUGGAAAGUGAAAUGGAACGGAGAACAGUGACAUACACUACAUGGAAUCUAUCAGCAAAAAAAGCUGAAGCCAAAUCUUGGCAUCCUCUUACUUUCACAUCUGACAAUUCCGGGCCAGAGGAAUUACAAGGAAUAAAGAAAAUCAACCAUGUAUAUUAUGAAUCGGAGUAUCGAACAGAAUGGUGCAGAGCGGAUUCGAAACCUGUACCGUGCUUUCUCUUUGCGAGGAAGUUCACUAGAGGAGCUGCAAUGCGGCUUUUGAGUGAAGGAUUAGUAGAAUCAUCAACAGAUACAACCACAACAACCCUUUGAAUGCAAAAAAAGGGUAAGUAAGCAAAAGUUAUAUAAAACUAAGAAAGACGAAACCAACAGAAAACUGACAUCAGGAAAGCGGUUUAACUUAGAGCAUAUACAAGUGAAGCAUACAGAUAGUAACAUUAGUUGAUCAUACGACGUUUAGUUUAGUACAAACUACACCCUUCUUGGAUUUUUUUUUUUUCUUUUUCUUUAUAUGUAUUUUUAAUAAAACGGCAAUUCCUAAUACAAAUGUUUUGCAAU